AGCUCCCUGACCACUGAGGGGCUAGAGCAUAGCGAUACAAGGGGCAGGGAUAAGCACUGGUAUCCUGAGAGGCCCAGGCCAGCAGGGAAAUCAAGCUGUGCUACUUGGGGCCAAGCCCAGCAAACAUCAUGCCUGGGAAGAAACAGAGUCGAGGCUCUCAGAGGCGUAGGAGGCAGGCCAUCUCCCGCUCCACCAGAGCAGAGCUGCAGUUCCCGGUUAGCCGCGUGGACCGCUGCCUGCGAGAGGGUCAAUAUGCCCAGCGCCUAAGUUCAGCCACGCCCGUUUUCCUCGCCGGAGUUCUGGAGUACCUGACGGCCAACAUCCUGGAGCUGGCGGGCAAGGAGGCCGACAACAACCGCAGGGUACGCAUCACCCCCGAACACGUGGAGAGGGCAAUGGACCAGAAUCAGCAGCUCAGCCUCCUCUUUGAGGACGACACCCACUCUCAGGUUGAUGAGAUGCCCCAACCCAGGAAUAAGUAGAGAUGCCUGGGUCUCAGAGCCCGGCAGGCCCUCAUCAACAACUUCAUCCAGCCCCCAAAACUGCCACAGAGAGGGAGCCCAGGCUGCUACCAUCAGCCCAUGCUAUUAAAGUGUUUAAAUGUAUGACAGUG